GACGUGGACGUGGAUGUGCAAGAUUAAGAAGCUACUGGUUUGUGUCGGUUUGUGUCGAGCUGGGAGCUGAGAAAUCGGAGGAUAAAUCUAAUAUUCUGCCUACAAAAUUACUCUCUCUUUGUGAAUAGCAAUGAUGGAGGAAAGGGACGAAAUUUCGGAAAUAUAUUAUACUAAAAAUGAUGAAAUACCUGUGACAAAGAAGCUGGAGCUGGUGAAGGAGAUGGAUGAAGAGUUUGGUAAGAAAAGGAAAGUCAUUGUGAAUGGUUUGCCACCGGAUUUCACAGAAAAGGAGUUAAGAUCACUGAUUCCUGAUCAAGAUCGUGAUAUAAUGUGUAAAAUCAGCGACGGAUCAGCCCGUCUAAUCUUCCCUACUUCAUUCCAAGCCUUUAAAGCGAUUCAAGACCUCAACAGAAUCAAAGAACUCAGACACGAGAGAAGUAGAUUACAAGCAUCUUAUAGUCGGCCAGACUCUCUUCUUUUCAUUGGUAAUAUACCACUCUGGUUUAAGAAGGAGAAUCUAAGAGAACUAUUCAGUCCAUUAGGUACUGUGUUAAGGUGUCUAAUAAUAUACAGUAUGUCUCGUGGUCUCAGUAAAGGCUACGGGUUUGUUGAAUUCUCGACACGCGACGAGGCCCUACUAGCUAAACACAUAAUGGCCACUAAAGCAAUUGGUGGACGUCAUUUGAGAGUUGAUUUUGCUGAUAAUGGGAUGCAAACGACUGCUGAUCUUCAUUCAAAAACUCUCUUUGUUGAUCGACUCCCAAAGACUUUUAAGAAUGAUUUAGUACUCCAGAAGAUGUUUGAAGUUUAUGGUACCAUUAAUUUCUGUCAGGUUGCUAUAGCUCCCAAUGGCUGUCCGAGGUGUUUUGCAUUUAUUGAUUUCAAUUCAUCAUUUUCAGCUGAAGAGGCCCAGUUUAAUCUCAAUGGAUAUUCCUUUCAAGGACAAGAGAUAAGAGUCUCCUAUGGCAUGCCUUGCAGACCUGGUGCUUGUAUCUUACAGCCAAAGAGUCUCCUGCCUAACUUAUGGGGCAUGACUGUCCAGCCCAUUGUCUUGAGCAACUAUGAAACACUUUUACAGGAAUCUGCUAUAUAUACUCACGUUCAUCCCAUCCCUCCCCCUCCUCCUCCUCCUCCCCCUCCUCCUUCUAAUGGAACUCACUCAUACACGGCAUACAAUUAUCAUUCUCAUGAUACUCACUAUCACCACCAUCAUCAUCAUCACGACUCACCAACUGUUAAUACUCCGUCUCCCCCACCACCACCUCCUCCUCCUUUUAGGCCACCAUUAUCCUCCAGUGUCACUAAGACAAAGUUAAAGUUAAAGAUAGUAGAAAAUGUGGAAGAGAGAAAGGAAAACGUAAUGCCCGUAUAUACUUUAUUAAAGGCUGGUAACAAACGCUCGAUACAUCACAAUUCAAGAGAGAGGUCUCAUUCAUCCAGUGUAUACAACAAGCCGUACAUAGGACAGCAUGAUCAAGGAAUCCCCUUUACUCAUCCACUGAAAAGAAUAAAGACAGGAUCAUGAGAUCAGCCAUUUUCAUCAAUUAUCAUUAUUUCAAUUUAUUGGCCCUCUUUCUGGUUUUGGACUGUUCCCCUAUUAUAAUGUAUACUAUUAUUAUUAUUAUUAUUAUUAUUAUUAUUAUUAUUAUUAUUAUUAUUAUUAUUAUUAUUAUUAUUAUUAUGUCAGAUGUAACUUGUUCCGACAAUACAUGUGUGAAUUAUUAU